GCGGCUCAUGGUUAUUUCGACAUUCGUACUGCUUGUACAACAACGCAUCUCUCUCUAUAAUACUUCAGUUUUGCAUUGGUGUUUACCGUGAGUGGUGUACGUUCAUCACGUACACAAGUUUUUCUCUUAGGUUUUAAAUUCGUGGGUCGUGUUUUCGUAUAGGUUCUAUCAACUGCAGUAAGAAAUAAAAAACGAACGCAAAAAUGAUUCGGCGACUCAUCAGAUUCAUCGUUCCAUUCAUCGUACUUGCGAUAUUUUUAACUUCCCAAGGUGUUGACGCUAUCAAGUGUUACCAGUGCAGCAGUGACACCGACCCCGACGGGGACGAUGUGUGCGGUGCGUACACGAAAUUCGACAAAGAGAGAAACAUCGCCGUUGAAUGCAACAGCGAUGAGUCGAAGAUGCCAGGUACAUUCUGCGUCAAGCUGACGCAGCAGAGCCCACGUGGAUUUAUUUGGGAUGGUCGUUGGCGUCAGGUUAUUCGACGCUGUGCAUCGGUGGCCAACACUGGAGUCACGGGCGUCUGCAAUUGGGGCGUUUACGAAAACGGCGUCUACUGGCAAGAGUGCUCCUGCUCGGAGGACGCCUGCAACUCAGCCAACGGACCUGGCUUCGAUCGUUUCACGAUAAUAGCCGUUGCAGCCGUUGCUUUAUCCAUAGGCUCGUAUUUCAGUUAAUUUCUGAGAUGACGUACAUUAGCUUGACACUUCAUUUUUAAUGCAAUAAAAGUCGAAGAGCAGCGAUUUUUUAAUAUGCCAUUGCUAUAUUUUAAUCGUAAAAAUCACAAUUGCCUUAUAAAGAUACUCUCGUCAAUUGUUAUGAAUGAUUUUUAAUAAUAAUUGAUUGAGGAAAGAAGUGAUUAUCAACAGAAGUAGACUAACUAAUCCGUCCAUUUUGACCAAUUGUAUCUAAAGCGAAAUAUAUAUUAUUUAUAUUUUUAAUUUUAAGAUUUAGAUACAUAUUGUAAAAUAUAAGCAAAAUCUUAUUGUUUACAUUCCUCACACAGUUUGUACAAAGUUUUAUUUGUUAAAAAAACAAGAAUCUCAAAUUUUAUACCCCAGAAUUAUACAGCAAAAAUUUUAAAUAAAAGCGUACCAGAUGUAUAAUUGUAAAUAAUUUUAGUUAAACUACUGAUGAUUUUGUCAAUUAGUUUUACUAUACAGAGCAUCAAUUUUGCAGAUUGUAAAAAAUUAUUUCUUUUUAUUAAAAAUAAUAAGAAAUAUUUCUCCCGCAUUGCAGUACAACCCAGCGAUCCUUGGGAUUAUUAAAUUUAGUUUUAUUAUUAGGAACUGCACAACCUUUUUAUGUAAUUUUCGAAAGAAUUUUUCUACGCAAUUUUUGUUAAUGUUGAUACAUGUUAUUCGUGUUGUUCUCUGUAAUAAAAAAUCAUGAUACAAAACUA